AUGACGGUGGACCAAUAUCAUGCUAAAUUCAACGAACUACUCCGAUUGGCGACUUACCGAGGGACCAUGCCCAUGCCGGAUUUUUUGACAGCAAAAUUGCAAAGGGGUCUGUCUGCGAGGAUUGCGGAAUUGGUAGCUGGCAACGACACCUGUGACCUGGCCACCAUAGUAAACAAAUGUAGAAAGGUGGAGGUGGUCGGUUUGCAAACAAGGAAGCCCGCGAAGACCAGCGGAUCCGGACACAGAGCUCUGAUGACUAGGAACAGACCAUGGAGAGGGAAAAGCGGAGGCAGACCAUGGCAGCCCAGGCGUGAUGACCACCAGUUUAAGAGGCCCGGGAAUCCCCGAGGAAACAGUAGCAGGGCUCCCAAUUGCCCCAAAUGUAGGAAGGCACAUUUCGAAAAUUGUUUGAGCGGAUCGAUGGAAUGCUUCAAGUGCGGCCAAGAUGGACACUUCAUCAAAGAUUGUCCACAAUGGAGGGAACAACAGCCAGCAGCUGAGGCACCAAGAAUGGGCAGAGUUUACACGCUGGAUCAACAUGUGGCGGACCAGGCGGCCGAACUAGUUAAAGGUACGAUCAAUAUAUGUGGUGAAGAACUAUCUGUUUUAUUUGACUCUGUUGCAACCAAUUCCUUCAUGGUCAACUAUGUGGCAAAUGCAUUUAACUUAACUAUGAGCCCAAUGCAAUCCCCAAUGCAAGUCACCUCUGCGACGGGGGAAGUGACAACGUCUCACUUCAUAUGUAGAAAUGUAGAAUUCAGAUACAAAGGAAAGAAGUAG